GCGUUUUUAUCGUAUAUUUGAGUUGUUUGCGAGCUGUUUGUAGAUUAAUAUAAUGCCAAGGUGUUUUCUCAAGUCUGUGCGGUCGCAAGGGGAUAGUUUCAUACAUGAAACGGGUAGAUUUCCAGUUGAAACUCUAGUAGAAACAAAACCAACACGCAUGCCGAAAAUGUCAACAAAAAGACAGAAAACCCUCUUAAAGACGAACGAAACGCUGUACCACGACAAAGUGCCUAUAUCCACCCGUUUUUACCUGCAGCUCUUGAAAAAGAGCCAAUUCCUGCCAAACUUCGUAGAAACAGAAGCAUACGAAUACGCUUCGGAAAGCGAAAGAGCAACCAACUCACCUGAACUACAUACUAAGAAAAACUUUGUUAAGAAAGAAGUGGAACGGGCAAGUUAUAACUUACGUUCGAACGAAGCAAGAACGGAACGCAAGGUUUUCGUAAAGAAAACUCGCGUUCGAAAAAAAGUCAACGACACGCAGAGCAUUUCUGAACCGAAGGCGGUUAAAAAGAAAUUCAAAAUGCCUUUGGCGCCAAUCAUAGAGGAAAUAAAGAACCGGGAGCCACUUAGGACUGUGAAUAAAGGUGGAUGGGAGAUUGACAAGAUCGCAGAAAAGCUAAAGAGUCUGAUGCGGACCAGCUCCGAGCACAUGCUGCACCAGGAGCUGCUGUCCUGUACCGAAGCAUUCAGGAACGAAGCUAAGGAGAACGAAGAAAAAGGGAACGAAGUUAGUCGGAACGAAGUUCAGGAAAAAGGACCACCCCCCUUAGUAUCGCCAGCAGGCCGAGCCCGCGGCGGCCACGCCUGCCCCUACUGCGGCAAGCGCUUCGACCGCCCCUGGGUGCUGAAGGGACAUCUCAGACUGCACACUGGAGAGCGGCCCUUCCCUUGUCCUCAUAAGCACUGUCCAAGGACUUUUGCAGAUCGGUCAAACCUCCGCGCCCACCAGCGCACCCGCGGCCACCACACAUGGCAGUGGCGGUGCGCCGAAUGUGGCAAGGCGUUCAGCCAGGGUCGCUAUCUGGACCGCCACCGAGCUGACGCCUGCUGGAAGUACAAGAUGCACCAAAAGAACUCAACGAAGAACGCAGAACUCAAAAACGCUGAACCACCCGUUCCAAUGUAUGGAAGCGUGUUUCGACACGGGACUCUUGAACCCAAACCGAUACAGUCCAACCAAGACUUUCAAUCCAGCCAAGACAUUCAGUCACAUAGUAUGGACAGCCCACAGUCCAUGGAACCCGUGAAGUCUAAAGAUCUUGGACAAACUGAACUUUACAAGACUUUAAGUAAUUUUGAGGUGAACGGUGUGUUGAAGGUGAAAAACUUGGGUCAAGAUAUUGAUUUUUUUAAAUGUAAAUCGAAGAUUAGUCUUUCAAAAGCCCAAGCUAACCUGAAUUUUGAGGAGUCUAGUCUCAAAUUGGAGCUGUGUAAGCCGAAGUUGGAUUUGAAGAGUCAGGGGCAGAAAUUAGCAUGUUCUAGCAUGGAGAUUAAAGAAGAAUGUGAUGAGCCUAUAGAUUUAUGUAUAAGGCGUAAUGUAAAUUAAGUGGUACAUAUAUUAAAGUA